AUGGACAAUUCGAAGCCUAAAGUGAUAAUUGCAGGAGGAGGCAUAGCCGGCCUUUCCCUCGCCAACAUGCUUGAAAGGGCUGAUAUAGACUAUGUUUUACUCGAAUCAUACGAAAGAAUUGCGCCGCAGGUAGGCGCCAGUAUCGGCCUCCAAUCAAAUGGACUUCGAAUCCUUGAUCAGUUGGGAUGUGCGGAUGAGCUUUUGUCACUGGUUGAUCACCCACUGAACAAUUCCUACAUACGAAAUCCCGAUGGCUCUAUUAUUAAACAUCACAAGAAUGUCCAUCAGCUGCUGGAAGAAAGACAUGGCUAUCCAACCGUCUUCAUUGACAGGCAGUCCCUUUUGGAGAUCUUGUACAACAAUCUAAAGUCGAAAGAUUCGAUACAUCCUGGUCAAGCUGUCAAUUCUGUCUCGGAAGUGGACAAAGGUAUCGAAGUUACAACCGACAAGGGCAAGGUAUUCAAAGGAGACGUCCUCGUCGGAGCGGACGGUAUUUACAGUACUGUGCGGAAAGAAAUGUGGCGCAUUGGCAAUGAAGCAUCGCCUGGUUACUUUCCUGACGACGAAUGGUCAAAGGUACCGUGCUAUUACAAGUGCAUCUUUGGUAUCUCACAUCCUAUCGACGAACUAACAAAAGGAACGCACUACGUCUACAACGACAAAUUCUCAUAUCUGGUGAUGAGUGGACCUGGUGGAAAGUGGUACUGGUUCCUAUUCGCUAAAUUACUUGUUCCUUUAUAUGGCAAUGAUAUUCCGAAAUACACGAAAGAGGAUGAGACAAAGCUUGCUCAGGAGCAUGCAUCUGAUAAAAUCACUCCUGAAAUCACCUUUGGUGAUCUAUACGAGGCCAGGACCAACUCGACACUAACGCCACUACAUGAAUGGGUUUUCCAAAAGUGGCAUUAUAAUCGGAUUAUUACCAUAGGUGAUGCAGCUCACAAGUUCGAGCCUUUGACUGGCCAUGGAGGAAACGGUGCUAUCGAGACCGCUGCAUCUCUUAUAAAUCACCUUCUUUCUGGAUGCCCUAACUGGAGCGACUCCGAAAUCAAAGCUGCGUUCAGUGCGGUACAAGAUGAGCGCUUUGACAGAGUACAAUGGCUUGUUGACGAUGCUCACAAGAAUCAACAAAUGCAUGCUAUGGCGACACCCCUCUUUGCAUUCAUCGCCCCAAGACUUUCUGGCCUCAUUAACACCAAUACUGCGAUGCGUCUUGCCGGCCGCAAGUUUGUUGAUGGCACUCACGUGCACAAUCUUCCCAUACCUGAGAAAGCACACUCAGUACCAUUCACCGAUCAGCUGCCUGCCAGGCCCUUUUCUUCGACUUCCCUCUUAGGCCUAGGUGUAUUGAGCCAAGGUGCACUAUUCAAGCUAGCGAACCAGGUGCUUCUUCCGCUACAAAUACCAACUAGCUUCGCUGGUGGUGCCCUGGUGACUCACUACACAGGAGUAGUGGCAAUAGAUAAGAUUUUGGCGGCUCUGGGAGCUGUCUUUGGAGUUCUUCUUCAACCAGAGAACCGGACCGCAAGAUUACAGUGGAUCGCCUUCACCCCUCUAUUAGUAUCGACUACUCUUGACUGGACUCUAGAAAGUUACCGGGUCGGUUCAAGGGGUCUUCCUACCUCGUUCCCAUCCAUCUUUGGCUCCAUUUAUCAGCUCCAGGGAAUUGGGCGAAUUGCGCCUUUGUAUCACAUGAUAUCAGUAUGCGAACAGAUUGUCAUCGACGGCAUCUCCACUGUCACUGGCCGCUCCAUUGAUGUUGAAACCGUUAAAGCUUCUGUUCCGGGACUGGCACUUGGACUCGUCAUCCCUACUGCACUCAUGAUAUGGCCAUGGAACGACAAGGCCACUUGGCAGAAACUGAUUGCCUUCUGGCAGCCGUUCCCAGUUUACGUUGGUUUGAUCACUGCUGGCGUAACAACUGUUCUACGAAAGGUGGAGGGCAGCUCAGCUACUCAUUCCAGCCCAAACGAAUCAAAGGCAAGUGGCAAGGUUACAAAGGAAAAGGACCCAUCUCGUUCAUUGUUGAGAUAUAUCUAUGCAGGCGGAGCGGUGACCGCUGCAGGCGUUCAUCUCUGGUCACUCUAUCAGAUAUGGUUUGAUCCGAAUCUUAGUGUCUCAAGUGUUUUUGGCACUAUUGGAUACCUGGUCUCUGGGAAGACAAGUUCCAACCCAAACACCAGAAUUGCGGAAUUCUUACAGCGCGAUAUGUUCCUCAAUGGCGUCUCUGUUCUCGUACAUAGUAUCUAUCGUACGCUGGAUCUCAGACGUGUUGGAUACAUUACAAACAAGGAAACUGUGACUGCUUCUUUGGCAGUGUUAAUUGCACAGCCGAUUGUUGGGCCAGCUGCUGCUCAUAUCGGCUUUCUCGGAUGGAGAGAAGAGAUGUUCUACCGAGUCAACAAUAGGAUUGAACUUUGA